GUUUGUUCUUACCUGUUUUCUAAUCUGUUUCAUUCGGUUACAUUUAUUUUUUGACUAUAUUAAUGGAUGCUGAAUUAAAUGUAACAUAUAUAACUCUUGACGGCCAUGUGGAAGUGCACAAAUACAGAUAUCUCUAUUUUACAAUUAUGUUCACAGCUUAUAUUCUAAUCAUUUGUUCUAAUGUCACCAUCGUGUGUCUUAUCGUGAUUCAUAAAAACCUCCAUGAGCCUAUGUACAUUUUCAUUGCAGCUUUGUUAGUGAACUCUGUUCUGUUCAGCACUAACAUCUACCCAAAGCUUUUGAUUGACUUUUUAUCUGAAAAACAGGUCAUAACUUAUCCAGCCUGUCUCUUACAAGUUUUUAUAUUUUACUCUUUAAGCUGUUCAGAGUUUUUACUGUUGGCAGCCAUGGCCUAUGACAGGUAUGUGUCCAUAUGUAAACCUUUGCAAUAUCCAACCAUCAUGAGGAAAACUACUGUCAGUAUUUUGCUGGUUUUAGCUUGGCUUCUUCCUGCCUGUCAGGUUGUAUUUCCAGUUUCACUAAAUAUUCAUAACAAACUCUGUAGUUUUACUUUGAAGGGAAUUCUUUGCAACAAUUCACUCACCCGUCUUUACUGUGUGAAUUCACAGGUGACAUCUAUAUAUGGUGUGGUUGUUCUACUUAAUGUUGCACUUCUUCCUAUGAUCUUCAUUCUGUUCACAUACACCAGGAUACUGAUCAUAUCCAUUAGGAGCUGUAGAGAGGUCAGGAAAAAAGCAGCACAGACCUGUUUACCUCACCUGCUGGUUUUAAUCAACUAUUCUUGUUUGCUUACUUAUGAUGUCACUAUAGUUAAACUGGACUCAGAUUUUCCAAAAACAGCCCGUUUUGUAAUGACUUUGCAAAUAAUAAUGUAUAAUCCUCUCUCUAAUCCACUCAUUUACGGUCUAAAAAUGAAAGAAAUUUCCAAACACCUCAAACGGUUGUUCUGUCCAGCUAAAAUGAGCUGA